UCUCUCUCAAUUGUCGAAGAGGCUCGACGACUGUCAGAGGCUCCUGGUUCUACAGGGCGUGGACGCUGACCGAGAGCUCCAGCGGGCGGAAACCGCCAGUAUGCGUCUGGAGGACUUCAUGGCAAGCUGCAGUCGAGCUUGGAAGCCUCAAAGCGACUCAGCAGCGGCAGCGGGGGCUCCAUCGCCAGUCGCAUUACCAAGCAUUAUAUUUUCUCGGCAUUUGGCGUUGAUGGUGGGGAGUCAUUUCGAUGGGAAGAAGGUAUCACCAAGGGUGACGCGACUUCAGAGGACUUACAGGCUGAA